CAAAAUAAAUAAACAAAGAAUUAAAAAUAUGGCGAAGUUAUUUUAUUUUUGUAAAAAGUGCAAUACGAGUCAAUUGCAACUUGCUACCGCGGCAUAUCACAUACGCUUUAAAAUAAAACCACAAGAAUAAAAAUAUUAUUUUUUUGUUAAAUCAAUUCUAUAGCACGCCAAAUUAAUGGAGAACCAAGAAUUAUUACAAUGUCCUUAUGAAAAGAAUCAUAGCAUUUUAAAACAUCGCAUGCAGGUUCACUUAACCAAGUGCCGUCGUAAUCAUGUAAAUGUACCUAAAGUAACGUGUCCCUUUAAUGUUACACAUGUGCUCAAUAAGCCCGAAUUAGAGUUCCAUGUUAUGAUCUGUGCGGAGCGAAAAACUUUUGAAAAUUUUCGUAAUGUUGAAGAACCCAUAACUAAACCUACAAUACCGCCACCCAUGCCUGUUUAUGAAAGUGAAGAAAAUUGGGAUAACGACGAUGCACCCACAUACAAUCCUCAAGAGUAUGUGGCAAAAGCAACAGUACUGCGUAAUUUACAAGGUGCUACACCUUCGGAACGCAAGAAAUUUAGACAACAGGAACGUUUACGUUACUUGGGUAUAGAUGAUUGAUUAGUUUUUAAGUAUAAAUAUUAUACAAAGUUUUAAUUUUGUACGUUUUAAUUUGUAUUGUAAUUAUUGUGAAAAUAUUUUAAAUCAUUGAUAUUUUUUACACAAAUUCUUUAAAAUUUAUUUUUUAUAAUCUCAUAUUUUUUGUAUUCCAAAUGUUUUUAAAACUUGACAAACUAAUUAAGUGAUAUUGUAUCAAAGAUAUUUGUAUAAAUAAAGUGGGAAUAUUAAAAAAUGCAUCAAAUCUU